AUGACGAACGCCAACACGGUCUCCAAUAUUAGGAAAAGUAUUGAAACACCAUCCGAUAAGUCUGAAUUUACUGGUGAGAAUAAGAGAGGAUCCAAGGUGGAGGAUGAAGACGAUGUCAAGGGCGUUGACGUGGAAGAGGGCAAGAUCGAUGAACGGGCCGGUGAUACCCGAAUCACUGCUCCUGAUGACGGUGAGUAUCCUGAAGGGGGACUCAGAGCUUGGCUUGUCGUCAUUGGGGUGAGUUGUUUAGCAGCAUUUGGAUUUGUUAAUGCCUGGGUCUUUCAAGAGUAUUAUUCACAAACCAUUCUCUCCAAUCAGUCCCAUUCGAAUAUAGCAUGGAUAGGCUCAGUCCAGUAUGCACUCGUCCUGAUGCCGGGGUCGAUCAGUGGCCGACUCUUCGACAUUGGAUACUUCCGAGAAACAAUGAUACCAGCCACAUGUCUUCUCGUCCUCUCAACGUUCCUUGUAGGGGAAUGUAAGAGAUAUUGGCAGUUUAUGUUAUGCCAAGGAAUUUCUGUGGGAACGUCAUCGGGUUUCCUAUUCGGACCAACGCUUGCAGUGACGUCAAAUUACUUCCAUAGGAGGAGACCAUUCGUAUUCGGUUUAGUAGCCGUCGGGUCAAGCGUAGGCGGGACACUCCUACCCAUCGUAACUCGUAACCUCAUCCCAAAAAUCGGCUUCCCCUGGACGAUGCGCGUUCUAGGCUUCUUUAUGCUCCUCACAACCAGCACAGCAAACCUCCUCAUCAGACGUCGUCUUCCCCCUGUCAACAUAAAAGGUGGCCUCUUCAACUUCCCCGCAUUCAAAUCGCCCCACUUUUCACUCUAUUAUCUCUCCUCCACCUUCGGCUUCUUUGGGAUGUUCACCGCCUUGACAUACCUUGAUACAGCCGCAGUCGAAGUAGCCAAGAUCAACGGGGAUCUGGCUUUUUAUCUCAUUUCGAUAGCGAAUGCAUGUUCGGGUAUUGGGAGGCUUGGUUCCGGCGCUUUGUCGGGGAGGUAUGGGCCUAUCAACGUCUUGGGGUUCUUCAUGGUGUUGGCAGCUGUGAUGACAUAUGUUUGGCCUUAUGCGUUGAGUGUGGGGUCGUUGAUUACUGUAUCAGUUUUUUAUGGGGUUGCCUCGGGUGCUUUCAUCGGGGUUGUCGCUACUCCGCUGACACAUCCUAAAUUUGGUGUUCAAGGGGAUAUGGGCCGGAGAACGGGGAUGCUAUUCACUUUGAGUGGAAUUGGAGCUUUAUGUGGUCCGCCCAUAUCUGGUGCUAUUCAUGAUGCUACGGGAGGUUAUAAAGCAGUUGGAGCGUAUGCGGGUUCUAUCCUGAUGAUGUCUCUCAUUCUUAUGAUUUCUGCAAAAUGGGUCGCUACGGGGACCCCAUGGGGGAAGUUCUGA